AUGUCUCAAAUGUAUUUCACAAUGUCUCAAAUGUCUUGUGUAUGUACUUACAGUCACAGUGUCUCAUAUGUCUUGUGUAUGUACUUACAGUCACAAUGUCUCAUAUGUCUUGUGUAUGUACUUACAGUCACAGUGUCUCAUAUGUCUUGUGUAUGUACUUACAGUCACAAUGUCUCAUAUGUCUUGUGUAUGUACUUACAGUCACAGUGUCUCAUAUGUCUUGUGUAUGUACUUACAGUCACAAUGUCUCAUAUGUCUUGUGUAUGUACUUACAGUCACAAUGUCUCAUAUGUCUUGUGUAUGUACUUACAGUCACAAUGUUUCAUAUGUCUUGUGUAUGUACUUACAGUCACAAUGUCUCAUAUGUCUUGUGUAUGUACUUACAGUCACAAUGUCUUAUAUAUCUUGUGUAUGUACUUACAGUCACAAUGUCUCAUAUGUCUUGUGUAUGUACUUACAGUCACAAUGUCUUAUAUAUCUUGUGUAUGUACUUACAGUCACAAUGUCUCAUAUGUCUUGUGUAUGUACUUACAGUCACAAUGUCUCAUAUGUCUUGUGUAUGUACUUACAGUCACAAUGUCUUAUAUGUCUUGUGUAUGUACUUACAGUCACAAUGUCUCAUAUGUCUUGUGUAUGUACUUACAGUCACAAUGUCUCAUAUGUCUUGUGUAUGUACUUACAGUCACAAUGUCUUAUAUAUCUUGUGUAUGUACUGUCACUGUCUCAUAUGUCUUGUGUAUGUACUUACAGUCACAAUGUCUUAUAUAUCUUGUGUAUGUACUUACAGUCACAAUGUCUCAUAUGUCUUGUGUAUGUACUUACAGUCACAAUGUCUCAUAUGUCCCUUGUAUGUACUUACAGUCACAAUGUCGCAUGGCUUGUGUAUGUACUUACAGUAACAAUGUCUCAUAUGUCUUGUGUAUGUACUUACAGUAA